CCACAAACCCACCCACCCCUCAUCCAUCCAUCCAUUCAACCCCCUCUUAUCUAUCUACUAUCUUUCUAUCUAUCAGAUAACCAUAACCAUACCAUCUCCACAUCAACAACAACCACCAUCACCAUCACCGCCACCACAAACCCCUCCCCAAAUUUUAAGAAUAACAUGCCUCCCCCCGAGAAAAGCAAAGAAACCCUAGAAGCCAAAUCGGCCUUCAGCGCGACGCUCCUCAACAUCGGCAGCACACAUGCCAGCCCGCUCGUGGAGCGCGCACACAUCAUCACAGAGAAUGCGGCAGCGCUGGACAAGCAGCAAGCAGAGCUAGAAGCACAUACGGCUGCGCUGGCGAAGCAGAAUGAGAGCUGGGAUAAGUUGGCGGGGGAGGCACGGGACGGGUUGAAGGAGAUUGGGGACGUGCAGAAUUGGGCGGAGGUGGUGGAGAGGGAAUUGUUGGUGUUGGAGGAGAUGAUGGGGUAUGUGGAGAGUAAGGGGGAUGGUGAUGGUGGUGAUAGUGGGGAGGGGGUGGAGGGGGUGGAGGGGGAUGGGAUGAAUGGUGGGAUUAUUGAUGAUAGGAAUGGGGUUGGGAAGGGG